UCAACCGUUUGGUGUUCAAAGCAUCAUCUUUUUAGCAUUCAGCAGAAGACAGAAACUCGUACAAAAAAUAUAUAAUUUUUACAUUUUAUUUUAAAAAAUAAAUAUGUAAAAUAAGCACACACAGUUACACUUUUAUUCCUAACUAGUAAUUUCCAAAGCAACCAACUAUGUGUCAUUGUUGUUAACUAAGACUGAAACUACUAAAAACUGUUUUCUGUAAUUGAAAUAAAGCUAAAGUAAAAUGAUAUAGAUAAAUCGUGUAAGCUACUACUAAAUAUUGUAGAAACUAUACGCCCCGAUCAAAUGAUUCACGAAACGCGCUUCGGAGUCCCGAUCUGAAUCAAAUGUUUUGCAAACUCGCUCCGAAGCCCCGAUCAAAUAAUUCGCGAAACGCGCUUCGGAGUCCCGAUCUGAAUCAAAUGUUUUGCAAACUCGCUCCGAAGCCCCGAUCAAAUAAUUCGCGAAACGCGCUUCGGAGUCCCGAUCUGAAUCAAAUGUUUUGCAAACUCGCUCCGAAGCCCCGAUCAAAUAAUUCGCGAAACGCGCUUCGGAGUCCCGAUCUGAAUCAAAUGUUUUGCAAACUCGCUCCGAAGUUCCGAUCAAAUAAUUCGCGAAACGCGCUUCGGAGUCCCGAUCUGAAUGAAAUGUUUUGCAAACUCGCUCCGAAGCCCCGAUCAAAUAAUUCGCGAAACGCGCUUCGGAGUCCCGAUCUGAAUCAAAUGUUUUGCAAACUCGCUCCGAAGCCCCGAUCAAAUAAUUCGCGAAACGCGCUUCGGAGUCCCGAUCUGAAUCAAAUGUUUUGCAAACUCGCUCCGAAGUUCCGAUCAAAUAAUUCGCGAAACGCGCUUCGGAGUCCCGAUCUGAAUGAAAUGUUUUGCAAACUCGCUCCGAAGCCCCGAUCAAAUAAUUCGCGAAACGCGCUUCGGAGUCCCGAUCUGAAUCAAAUGUUUUGCAAGCUCCGAAGCCCCGAUCAAACGAUUCCCGAAACGCGCUUCGGAGUCCAAAAAAAAUAAAUAAAUAAAAAAUAAAUAAAAUAAAAUACCUAGACGCCUCAUUGGCCGCUCGACCGCACGUCAACGUCGCCGCCAUAUUGGAGCGGACAACUCUCAUAACUCUCACAUCAGGAAAGAAGAAAACAAACCAGAAUCAUAGACAGAUUGGAUACCUACAAACCGUCACACGAUAAUAAAAACAGAUCUCGGGGUGUUAUCUUUCACAGCCACUUGCAAACAGGACAAGGACAGUCUUAAGGAAAGCUGAGGAAAGCUGUUCUCAGAGACGAGACUAUUCCUCCACAGACUAGUGUUGUGUUUGUACUAAACCCAGAGCAGCCCUGAAUGAAUCGACAGAAUGACCAGCUCAUAUUCUAAAGCCAUUAAUCGUUUGAAAGCAUUAAUUUAUACCAGAAAACAAGACAGAAAUACUAAGGAAGAAAAUAUCUGCAUUAAUCACUUAAUCGUUUGAUUCUGAUUCAUUCAGACAUUUCUAAUAAUGUUGAUACCAAUGCUAAUACUGCACUCAUGUUUAUAAUAAAAGAAGACAUAAUCUCUUUUCUCUUUAUUAAAACUUGAUCUAGUAGCCUACAUGAUAGAAUCAAAUGUUUUGCAAAUCCGCUCGAAAGACCUGAUCUCAAAUGAUUCGCGAAAUGCGCUCCGGAGUCCCGAUCUGAAUCAAAUGUUUUGAGAACUCCGAAGCCCCGAUCAAAUGAUUCGCGAAACACGAUCCGGAGUCCUGUUUUGUGCCUUCCAGGUUUGCGUGGAAAAGUUGUGGAGACGUUAAAUCACGCGUCAAAACGGGAUGUUUGUGGUGCAGAGCAGUAAAUGUCGAGAUGGUGACUAAAUCUUAAAAACAAAAACUUAUUUUAAAAGCUUAUCGGUAACUAUAGACAUUAAUCAAAUAUAGUAUGUUUUAUUUGUAUUGUUAGAUGUAUCAAAUGUUAUACUUUAUACAUUUAAUGUAGCACAUGGUAGCAGUUAUGCUAACAGUCGAGCAGGUUAGUGAAGCGGUGUUUUUAUACUUUUGCCAUCACCCUUUUAUACUGCUCUCUUUCUGGCUUAAGUCACACAGAAUUAAAAAAAGACAUUUAAAGUUAUCAAUAAAAUCCACAAGAAUGUAGGAAAUACGAGCAGUUGAACAAACAUCUGUUGUACAAGCAGAAUUCAAAUUAUUUUAUAAUGGUUUGUAGGUUAUUUAACUUUAAAUUGAUGUUCUAAGUAACUGGUAUAUUAUUGCAUAAAUGUGAUAGUAACUUUCCAAAUUAAUGAGUUGUUUUUAUUAAAGUGUUAUGUUUAACACAAAAUAAUACAUGUAAUUGUUGUUUGCUUUAUGUUAAUUAAGUGCUCUUGCUGAGGCAUGGGGAAAAUAAAGGAGCUGGAAAAAACACCUGCCAGUGACAUCAGCAUCAUCUCCUCACCUGCUAGUGACAUCAGCAUCAUCUACACACCUGCUAGUGACAUCAGCAUCAUCUACACACCUGCUAGUGACGUCAGCAUCAUCUACACACCUGCUAGUGUCGUCAGCAUCAUCUACACACCUGCUAGUGUCGUCAGCAUCAUCUACUCACCUGCUAGUGACGUCAGCAUCAUCUACGCACCUGCUAGUGACGUCAGCAUCAUCUACACACCUGCUAGUGUCGUCAGCAUCGUCUACACACCUGCUAGUGACAUCAGCAUCAUCUACACACCUGCUAGUGACGUCAGCAUCAUCUACACACCUGCUAGUGUCGUCAGCAUCAUCUACACACCUGCUAGUGUCGUCAGCAUCAUCUACACACAUGCUAGUGACAUCAGCGUCAUCUACACACCUGCUAGUGACGUCAGCAUCAUCUACACACCUGCUAGUGACAUCAGCAUCUUCUACACACCUGCUAGCGACAUCAGCAUCAUCUACGCACCUGCUAGUGACGUCAGCAUCAUCUACGCACCUGCUAGUGUCGUCAGCAUCAUCUACACACCUGCUAGUGACGUCAGCAUCAUCUACACACCUGCUAGUGACGUCAGCAUCAUCUACGCACCUGCUAGCGACAUCAGCAUCAUCUACGCACCUGCUAGUGACGUCAGCAUCAUCUACACACCUGCUAGUGACAUCAGCAUCUUCUACACACCUGCUAGUGACAUCAGCAUCAUCUACACACCUGCUAGUGUCGUCAGCAUCAUCUACUCACCUGCUAGCGACGUCAGCAUCAUCUACGCACCUGCUAGCGACGUCAGCAUCGUCUACACACCUGCUAGCGACGUCAGCGUCGUCUACGCACCUGCUAGUGACAUCAGCGUCAUCUACACACCUGCUAGCGACGUCAGCGUCGUCUACGCACCUGCUAGCGACAUCAGCGUCAUCUACACACCUGCUAGUGACAUCAGCGUCAUCUACGCACCUGCUAGCGACAUCAGCAUCAUCUACACACCUGCUAGUGACAUCAGCGUCAUCUACACACCUGCUAGUGACAUCAGCGUCAUCUACACACCUGCUAGUGACAUCAGCGUCAUCUACACACCUGCUAGUGACAUCAGCAUCAUCUACACACAUGCUAGUGACAUCAGCGUCAUCUACACACAUGCUAGUGACAUCAGCAUCAUCUACACACAUGCUAGUGACACCAUGCUUCUCUUCACCUGCUAGUAACUUGUCUGCUUUGUGAUGAGCACAUUUUGCUAUCUUCCAGUAAGUUUAAGCUUUUGUUACCUUCUCAGCCAGGGUUUUAACCAACAUUAUACAUAUAAUCUUGCUGAAUUUAAUGCUUAGAUUUUAGGGGGGAAAUUUAAGUCAGAAUUAUUUUUUUUUAUAAAAAUCUAACUCUUUACUUUUACUUAUGAUCUGCAAUAUCGUUUCAGAUUCUGAACACAUCAGAAAUCACCAACCCCUCCUGACAUAUCUGGGUAUAUCAUAUCUAGGGCACUUAACCUCUACCAGGCCACAGGGAGGUUCUUCAUUUGGGUCCACCACUUUGCCAUCUGCACCAAGGUGUGGAGCAUCAGGGUGGAUGAUGAGACCAGAUGGAAGAACGUUAACGUCAAAGGUCUCCUCAUAGCGGUGAAGAACCUCUGGCUCAAGUUUCAAUCGUCUACACAUCGCUCUCUAGAGACCCCGACAGAUGUUUACACACACUGUUUAAUGCAAGAUAUAAAUGCAUUUAACCUGCAAUUACAAAUGCAUAAUGUUUGGAUGUUUUAAUCCCAAAAUGUUGAGUACUGAUAUUUGCAGUGAUAAAAGAAAGUGCUUGAAGAGGUGAAAUUAAAAACACCAAUAUCUAGACAAUCAUGAAUUGUAACAUCACUUCCUUUAAUGUUUUUACUAUACAGUUGAUAUGGAAUUUGUUUAAAUGUUACAUUUUUGAAAAAAAAGUAUUACAUGUUUAUAUGAAAUGCUUAUACAAAAUAAAUAUGUAGUUAACUUUAAA